ACUCCAUCAUAAUGCACUCCGUUGCCUUCGUCGACUGGAAGUCGCCUAAAAUCAAUGCUUGAACGUGACCCUCUGACUGUAAGCAGAGCUGUAGAUGAAUUCAGUCAAGCUUUAGUGAAUACGAAGUGUCUGGAUAGAGACAGGUGUAAUUUCCUCAUGCGUACCCCAUCUUUCCGCCACGACGUUACUCGUACCAUCCUAGAUGGCCGUUUUCUCCGACCCAAAAAUUCUCGUCCAAGCGAGUUCUCAGUUUCGCUUCCAGCUCACGACACGCUCCGCCACCAAACACACAUCAACAUUCUGAACCCCAAGUCCAAAAUGUCUGACAAACAAGGACAGCCCCCGACAUUCGUUCUCAAAAAAUCUCGCAUCCUCCAACAACUCUCUGUCCCACUCUCAGAAUACGAUGACCUCUCGCCUAAAGGCUCAGUGGAUGCUGGGAUCCGUGAAUUGAUUGAUGAGAUUAACGGGCUAGAGGGAUGUGUAACUACGAGUAGUUGUGCGGGUCGAAUCAGCGUCUUUUUAGAAGGGAAGAGGAAAGCAGUUGAGUCCGAGGUGGGCAUGAACGGGGAGGUGGAUGCCGGGGAGCGUGAGAGAACGGCUGCUGGGGUCGGUGGGAAGGGUGGUGGUGGGAGGUGGCUUUUUGUUUCUCAUGAUCCUGUGGAGAUCUCGAGCCGGAAUUGUGGUGGGAAGGGGAGCUGGGUGGAGCUACUUGGUAUGCAGAGGCUUGGGGGCGGUGAUGAGGAGGUUCGGAGGGUGAUGGAGAGUAGUGUGAGUGAGAGGAGACUUGUGCAUUUCAAGUUUGAGCCGAUGAUCCUUCAUGUCCUCACGGCAUCUCUUCAACAAGCUCAAAUCGUCCUCUCAGCUGCCCUCCAAGCAGGAUUCAGAGAGAGUGGCGCCUUGAAUCUCACAUCCUCCACUGCCGAUCCACCUACACCUAUGGUAGGUAUUCGCUCUAUGGGACUUGCUUUGGAAUCAGUCAUUGGCUUUGAGAGUGAAGGCAGGGAGAUUUGUAUGCUCCCUGAGUGGCAGCUGAAACAUUUAGUUGAGGUUUCGAAUCAGAGGUUUUUGGAGAAUACAAAGAGGAUUGAGAGAUUCAGGACGCUCCUGAGGGAGAUGAGCGUGAGCGGUGCUGGCUUAGCGAGAGAGAGCAAGAAGGGAGAGGAUGGAGGGGAGUGGGAAGAUGCGGUGGUGAGGAGGGAAAGGAAGAAGGCCGAAGGCUUGAGGAGGGCAGAGGAAAUGAGGAAAGCCCGAGAUUCAUAUGGGACAAGCCAGAGUGCAGACGAUCUACCUGAAUUGAACAUUUUAGACCAGAAUACAUAG